AUGGACUCCGCUAGACCUCUGAAGGUGUUCUGUGGUAUCUGGCAACAAGCUGUCAUUAGCAGAUCCUUUAAAUCCUGUAAGUUUCAAGAUCCUCCAGUGGCGGCGGCAGUGAGAUCUGCUUUUCGAGACUGCACAGAUGCCCACAACGACUUCUGCUUCCACGGGACCUGCAGGUUCCUAGUGCAAGAGGCCGAACCAUCCUGCAUAUGUAUUCAGGGCUAUGUGGGUACACGUUGUGAGCACGCCGACCUCCUAGCGGUGGUGGCAGCAAAUCAGAAGAAACAGACCAUCACUGCGCUAGUGGUGGUGUCCGUGGUAGCCACAGCUCUGUUGGUUGUUGCCUGUAUAUUAAUGCACUGUUGCAGCUGGAGGAAACAGUGUGAGUGGUGUCGAUCAGUUUUAUGCCGACACGAGAAACCAGACGGCGUCUUCAAAGGAGGAGCAUCAUGCUGCAAGUCAGAGACAGUGGUCUGAGAGAGAUUGCAACAGUCCAAAGGCAAUUUCUUGGCAACAGAACAUCACGGAUCCAGUCUGCUCAACUUACAUCUCAGACUACAGCUGGGGAGCAUAUUUUAACCGGACACAUGUUGGGCUCUAUGACGACACAUGGGAACUCUCUAUCCGGCGUCCCCUGCACAAUGUGAAGCAGUGAUCCUAGGAGGAGCUCACUUCACACUGGAAAUUGAGAAAUAAUUGGAUUCUAAGUAGUCUGGGUGAUUCAUGAAGUGCUACCAGCAGUGGAAGAACUGACCCUCUAAGUGUUGAGUUUAUUUUCGUUACAAAAAGGUUGACUUUGGGUUUGAUUGUUCUAUGAAUGCUCCAUCUGUCGGGUGGAUCUUCAAAACAUUGCAAGUCAAUGCCUUGUAGGCCUACCUGUUGGCAAAAUGGGCAGAAUAUUCAUAUUUUAUUUUAUUCGAAAAGACUGCAAAAGUGUUGCUUUACAUGGACCAUUCUUUAAUAUACCAUGCUGCUGGCAUUUCAGUAUACCGUACAUAGAUAAAUAUCUAGGGACAGCCUGGUGAUAUCCACAGGAGUAGAAAAUCCAUUUUGAGUUAAUUGUUUGAAGAGCAGAAAGCUAUUUUUAUGUUUUAAUCUCAAAUUACCUAAGCAGUGCAUUAGUAUUAACCUUUCAUACAACCUCUUAACUCGGUCAGACUUUUACUCACAGUUCUA